AUGAAAGCAGUGGUGGUUGAUCGCUAUGUGGAGAACUAUGGUGAACUCCGUGUAUCGGAAGUCGCUAAACCGAAGGCCAAAGACGACGAGAUCCUCAUCCAAGUCAAGGCAGCUGGAGUAAACUUUGUGGACACACUAUAUGCCCGUGGCCUCCACCAAAACAACCGCCGCCACAUCAAACCUCCUUUCACCCUCGGCCUCGAAUUCGCCGGCCUCGUUCUCUCCUCUCCCACCACCAGCCCCUUCCGUCCCGGUGAUGGAGUGUUCGGCGCAUAUGCCGGCUCCUACUCCGAGUACAUCGUCCUCCCGUCUUCCUACCCUGUUUAUCGCGUUCCGCCCAGCUGGUCCUACGCCGAAGCCGCGGGCAUUGCGGCAACGCUGCCCGUUUCGUACGGCGCGCUGUCUCUACCUGGCGUGCUGAAGCCAGGCUCCACGGUCUUGGUGCAUGCCGCUGCCGGCGGUCUCGGGUUAGCCGCGGUGCAAAUCUGCUCCGCGCUGGGUUACCGCGUGUUUGGCACCGCUGGCUCGGCGGCCAAGUGCCGGUUAGCUGGAUUUUUUGGCGCCGAGGCCUGUAUUGACUACGAGGCCGACCCCAGAUGGUGGGACCGCGUCGUUUCGCUGACAGACGGCAACGGGGUUGAUGUAGUAUUCGAUAGUGUAGGCCUGGUGGAGCAGAGUAUCAAGUGUUUAGCGCAUCGAGGCCGCGCCUUGGUGGUUGGUUUCGCGGGCCGUAACAGGGAGAAUCUGGAGAAAGUAGCGAUGAAUCGGGUAUUAUUAAAACAGGCUAGUCUGAUCGGCUAUCGAUUUGGCGAGACCGGCCGUCGAUAUCCCCAUGAAACGACCAUCAUCUGGGAGGCACUCCUGCCUCUGAUUAAGAGUGGAAGGAUCAAGCCGGCCGUUUAUGACCGAGAGUACCGGGAUCUCGGCAGUGUUCCUCGGGCAUUGGAGCAUGUCGCCUCGAGAAAGGUGUGGGGCAAAGCUGUCAUCUUGAUCGAUGAUGAUGCAAGCAGACAACGCGCAAGUCUAUGA